AUGGCUAGUACUGCUGGUAAAGCUGCUAUCGCAUGGGCUGCCGGCGAACCAUUUUCCAUUGAGGAUGUCCAGGUUGCCCCUCCCAAAGCCCAUGAGGUUCGCAUUCAGAUUCUCCACACGGGUGUCUGUCACACCGAUGCCUAUACUCUCUCUGGAAAAGACCCAGAGGGAGCUUUCCCUGUCAUCCUGGGCCACGAGGGUUCAGGUAUCGUUGAGUCAGUUGGUGAAGGCGUGACUAAUGUCAAGCCUGGUGAUCAAGUAAUCGCGCUUUAUACCCCGGAAUGUGGUGAGUGCAAGUUCUGCAAGUCGGGGAAGACCAACUUGUGCCAGAAGAUCCGUGCCACUCAGGGUAAAGGUGUGAUGCCCGACGGAACAACUCGCUUUAAAGCACGAGGCAAAGAUAUCCUGCACUACAUGGGAACAUCGACAUUCUCUCAAUAUACGGUUGUUGCUGAUAUCUCAGUUGUGGCUGUUACUACCAAAGCACCCACUGAUCGUGCGUGUCUGUUGGGCUGUGGGAUAACGACCGGAUAUGGUGCUGCAACGAUUACUGCCAAAGUAGAGCAAGGAUCUAAUAUUGCCGUUUUUGGUGCUGGGUGUAUCGGUUUGUCUGUGAUUGAAGGUGCAGUGAAAAAUAAAGCUGGUAAGAUUAUCGUGGUUGAUGUCAAUGAUGAUAAGGAACAGUGGGCGCGCAAGUUUGGUGCUACAGAUUUUGUGAAUCCUACCAAGCUCGAGGGAAAGACCAUUCAGGAACAACUGAUCGAGAUGACUGAUGGGGGAUGUGAUUAUACUUUCGACUGUACCGGAAAUGUCGGUGUGAUGCGUGCUGCUCUAGAAUCCUGUCAUAAGGGAUGGGGCGAGAGUAUUAUUAUUGGAGUAGCUGCAGCCGGUCAAGAAAUCUCGACCAGGCCAUUUCAACUUGUGACCGGGCGAGUGUGGAGGGGUUGCGCAUUCGGUGGUAUCAAGGGUCGGUCUCAGCUACCCAGUCUUGUCGAUGACUACGUCGCUGGCUACUUGAGGGUUGAUGAAUACAUAACUCAUCGUGAAACACUGGGGACCAUCAAUACGGCAUUCCAGCAUAUGAAAAGUGGUGACUGUAUCCGGUGUGUGUUGGAUAUGAAAGUCUAA